CCGCCACCGCGAGCUGGAGAAAGAGGUCCGCGCCGGCCAGCCGCCGCUUUUGUGCUGUUGACCCGGAGAGGGUGAUGGGAGCGGCCCCCGCCCGCUUCCCUCCGGCCCGGACUGGCGGCCCACACGUGCUCCGGACCCUCCCAGAUUGGGGUAGGGGACGCCGUGCCCCUCCUCCGCGGGGGCAGUGAGGGCUGCGGGGAGGGGCUGUCGGCUCCAUCUGUGUUCCACGCGGUAGGAGAGUCCGCCCCACUCAGCUCGGCAGCAACACCUCCCGCGAAGUGGUUUGCAGCCACUGGUAACGGAAGCGAGGUCAGAGUGGUGGAUCCUGCGGGACAGAGAUGAACAAACCAGGCACAGCCCAUGCCCUCCAGGAAACCCCGUUCUGGUGAAGCAAGUGUGAACAGGGAAGUACAGUGUGAUGUGCAGGGUGCUAAAACAGUCCAGCCUCUUCUGGCUCAUUCUCUGCUUUCCUCCCCUUGAGGGCAAGAGAAGACAAGCCUCUGAUAGAGGUUACAGCUGGAGGGAUUUGAGUAUGAUCUGAGAGGAACUUCCCAAUGGGAUGGUUGAUGGUUGGUCGAAGAAUUGUUAGGAAGAAGGCUAGUGGCUGAAUGUCCGGAUCACCUCAGUCACACUCCCUUGCCCAAGGGGUGGGUGGUCCUUUUCUUGCAGAGAUUGGAGAGAGGCAGAAUGCCUUAGAAGAAAAGGCUUUUUCACCCAGGCCUCUCUGAUUGACAGUCCUCAGGCUGCCACAGAAACCAGGGACCAGGUUCACCCCAUCCCCACCCACUCAUCCCCUCACCCUGGUGGACAUCGAGCAGCUGGAUCCCCGUGGGCGGACUCCCCUGCACUUGGCCACCACCCUGGGGCACCUCGAGUGUGCCCGCGUGCUCCUGGCACACGGCGCAGAUGUGGGCAGGGAGAAUCGCAGCGGCUGGACAGGUGGGCACCCCUACUCACCCCUACCCCACAGCCUGGGUCUCCUGGCAUCAUAUCCUCACCUCUGAUUGGCUGAAGGGAGCCCAAGGCAGGGUCCUGCCCUGUGACGUCGCCUCUUGCCCACACCCCGCCCCCAGUGCUUCAGGAAGCUGUGAGUACCCGGGACCUGGAGCUGGUGCAGCUGGUGCUGCGGUACCGGGACUACCAGCGGGUGGUGAAGCGGCUGGCAGGCAUCCCUGUGCUCCUGGAGAAGCUGCGCAAGGCCCAGGACUUCUACGUGGAGAUGAAAUGGGAGUUCACUAGCUGGGUGCCCCUGGUGUCCAAGAUCUGCCCCAGUGACACCUACAAAGUGUGGAAGAGUGGGCAGAACCUUCGGGUAGACACCACACUUCUGGGCUUUGACCACAUGACGUGGCAGCGAGGGAACCGCAGCUUUGUCUUCAGGGGCCAAGACACGAGCGCCGUGGUCAUGGAGAUUGACCACGACCGCCGGGUGGUGUACACAGAGACCCUGGCUCUGGCUGGGCAGGACCGUGAGCUACUGCUGGCUGCUGCCCAGCCCACCGAGGAGCAGGUGCUGAGCCGGCUCACCGCACCCGUCGUCACCACGCAGCUCGACACCAAGAACAUCUCCUUUGAGAGGAACAAGACCGGCAUCCUGGGCUGGCGCAGCGAGAAGACCGAGAUGGUGAAUGGGUAUGAAGCCAAGGUAUAUGGGGCAUCCAAUGUGGAGCUCAUCACCCGGACACGGACAGAGCAUCUUUCAGAACAGCACAAGGGCAAGGUCAAAGGCUGUAAGACACCUCUGCAGUCCUUCCUGGGAAUUGCUGAGCAGCAUGGGGGCCCCCAAAAUGGGACCCUGAUCACUCAGACUCUGAGCCAAGCCAACCCCACUGCCAUCACCGCAGAAGAGUACUUCAAUCCCAACUUUGAGCUUGGCAACCGUGACAUGGGCCGACCCAUGGAACUGACCACCAAGACACAGAAGUUCAAGGCCAAGCUGUGGCUGUGUGAGGAGCAUCCCCUGUCCCUGUGUGAGCAGGUGGCCCCCAUCAUUGACCUCAUGGCCGUCAGCAAUGCACUUUUUGCCAAGCUCCGGGAUUUCAUUACCCUGCGCCUGCCUCCAGGAUUCCCUGUCAAGAUUGAAAUCCCGAUUUUCCACAUCCUCAACGCCCGUAUCACCUUCGGGAACCUCAAUGGCUGCGAUGAGCCGGUGCCGUUGGUGCGAGGCAGCCCCAGCAGCGAGACCCCUUCCCCAGGCAGUGACUCCUCCAGUGUCAGCAGCUCCAGUUCCACGACCUCGUGCCGCGGCUGCGAGAUCUCCCCCGCGUUGUUCGAGGCCCCACGCGGCUACAGUGUGCUGGGCGGCCAGCGAGAGGCCGCCACCCGCGACGACGAUGACGACCUGCUGCAGUUCGCCAUCCAGCAGAGCCUGCUUGAGGCAGGCAGUGAGUAUGACCAGGUGCGUCCCCGCGGCCGCACGGGGCCACCGGACUGCGGUGCCGCCACAGCUAACUGGCUUACCCCCGCCUCCACCCAGGUCACCAUCUGGGAGGCGCUAACCAACAGCAAACCGGGCACUCACCCCAUGUCCUACGAGGGUCGCCGACAGGACAGGUCAGUGCCCGCCCGUCCGGAGAGGGUUUGGAGACGCCUAUUCCCCCACCUCCCAUACACAUGCACAGAGAACACCAGGGCCCUGUCACGGUGCGUAUGGACACUGCCGCAUGAGCACCCCUCUUGGCCCAGAGGAACCGUGGUACCGCCAUCAGGGACCCUACUGGUUUCAAGAUGGCGUCUACCACCACCACCCGUUCCUGACUCAGGGGUGGGUGAGCAGUACUCCAAACGCGGCCUUAGAGCCUUCACAGACCCUCGCCAGACAGAAUGUCGGGGCUGGGGUUCUAGAAGACUGGGAGGAUGGGCUUCGUAGGAGCUGGCGUCAGCUCCUACCGGGUGGGAGGGAGCCAGGGAGGUGACGCGGGACUCAUCGCUUCCACUGGAGAGUGUUGAGGCCUGCGCUGUCCCGGGGCCUCCACACCGUCUCCCGCCCCGCAUACGGGCGCCCGGAGCCCUCGACGUAUCUUACCUGCCUCCAGGAGCGCUCCGCCCACGCCGCAGCGCCAGUCCACAACCCCCGCGGGCCUGGCGUCGGUCCCCAGCCCUCGGCCGAGCCCGCGCCCAGGCCAAGGCGGCCACGUGUUCCGGAGCUACGAUGAGCAGCUGCGGCUGGCAAUGG